AUGGCAACCCCAGGGAACCCAGACAUGGAGGAGGAAAUGGUCCUGCUCUAUGGCAACAGCGGGCAGCGCGGAGCGGGCAGCCCUAGGCCGCGUGCCGGGGGCGGCGGUCGCUCCCCAGACCGCGGGGCCGGGCAGCUGGGCCCCCCGACAGGAUGCCGGAGAAGCGGCUCUCGGCGGACCUUUUCAGAGGCAAUUAGAUUUAAUGUUGACUACGGAGUUUUUGAAGUAAUCAAUGAUGCACCACAACUUCUGGAAAAGCAACUGAAAAGAAUUCUGCAAAACCAGCAACCUCGGAAUCCCAUCUAUGAUGUCGUAAGGAAAGGGAAGAGUGACAGUAAAUCUAUUCAAAAAAGUGUCCCCUGCGAAGAUGAGGCCAUCAGUGUCAACUACACCAUCAUGUGUCUCAAGCGUGAACAAGGCAUUAAUUGGAUCAAAAGGGAAAGACUUCCGGCAUUUCUGGAAAGUGAUUGCUACUUUGAAUACAGGUUGGCCAAGCUGAUCUCGCAAGCAACAUGGAGCAGCUCAGGCAUGAACUUCAUAGUCGGUGCAAACCUUUCUCCCUGGAUCCUGAGAAAACCGGCCACCCCACCUCCUCCCAGCACCGAAGAAGACAAUUACAUGAUUAUGAAGAAGUUCUACGUUUCUCUUGGCCAGGCCUCCUAUACUCAAACAAAAGACUGGUUUACAUUAGCCAAGGAGAGUGAGCGGACAGUAUCGACGUUUUCAUUACCCUGCUGUAUACCCCAGCACCAGACUGCAGCCCCAGUUAUUGCCACAGCUUCUGAGAUUUUUGAUGAUGGCGUUCACCCCAGGAUAAUACAAAGGCUGUCUAAAGCCUCUAGAGUAGUUUCUGAGCUGGAUGAAGAAGAAGAAGGCUCUGUGUCAAUGAAGGACUCGCCUUCUCAAGCUCUUCUGAGGGUGUACCUGGAGAGGAAGGACGACCAGGACAAGAACCUGACCGUGCACUUCUCGUCGGUUGAAGAAUUCCUAAACGCCUACAUCGUCUUCAUCCUGCGAGAGGCCAUCCAGCACAUCACAGGCCAGUCCCUCAGUGACACCCCGGGCUACAUCAACUACUUCAAAGUGUCCCAUGUGAUAUUUGAUAAAGCCCCGCCUACACCCAGCAGCAAGGCUAUGGCCUCACCCCCGGGUGAGAUCGCAGAGGAGAUCUCAGUAGAUAGAUUGGAAAAUGUAAGCUUAAGUUCAAAGAGUGAGAGUGUUGGACCUGAGAGCAGGGCAGACUGGUGCGUCUCUCACAGGACCUAUGACAUCGGCAACAGAAGGGAAUUUGAAAGAUUUAAGAAGUUCCUGAAGGGCACGCUAGGAGAGAGAUACUGGUGGCUGUGGAUGGACAUAGAGAGGCUAAAAGUUCUGAAGGACCCUGGAAGACAUCAAAGACAUCUUGAAAAAAUGAAAAAAUGCUACCUUGUGAGCAGUGGGGAGCGCUACCUUUCUACAGAAAUCUUAUCGAAGUUUAAGCUGCUUCAUGGGUCCCGGUGGACAGAAGACCAUUUGAAAAACAUUCAGGCUGAGGUUUUAAAACCACUGCUUCUGUAUUGGGCGCCAAGAUUUUGUGUGACACAUUCGGCUUCUGCAAAGAAUGCUAGCGCUGAGCUGAAGUUCUGGCGCCUCCGUCAGGAGAAGCCCAGGAAGGAUGUUGAUCCUUUUCCACAAAUGGCCACCCUCCUGCCACUAAGACCGAAGUCCUGCAUCCCACAGACCCCCGAGGUCCAGGGAGAAGAAAUCGGUUUAUUUCAACCAUCUAAAUCUAAGAAAUUAUCAAAAAUAAGUGCAGGGAUUCAAAAACUCGGGAGAAGCGAGUCUGUGCAUCCAGCUUCUUCUAAGGAUGACGGGUUUGAGAAAGGGUCAAAGAGGCUACCAGGGAGCACCACAGUGGUCCGCCUGACGUCUUUUACGGAUAUCUCUGAGUGUCUGAAGCCCCAGCUGGAGAGAAAAUACACUUACACAGAGGAGCUUAAUGUUAAAACUGUAUCUAAUGUUGGAGCCUUGGGAGGAUUUGACAUGGAAAACCUGUUGCAGUCUUUGUAUGUAGAAAACAGAGCUGGAUUCUUCUUUACUAAAUUCUGCGAGAAUUCAGGGAACAAGCUGUGGAAGCACAGUGUGUACUUUUGGUUUGACCUACAGGCUUAUCAUCAGCUAUUCUACCAGGAAACACUUCAGCCUUUCAAAGUCUGCAAGCAAGCCCAAUAUCUUUUUGCCACGUACAUUGCCCCGUCAGCCAGUCUCGAUAUCGGACUGCAUCAGGAAGGGAAGAAGGACAUCUACAUGAAGAUACAGCCACCGUUCGAAGACCUUUUUGACACAGCAGAGGAGUUUAUCCUCCUGAGCCUUCUGGAACCCUGGACACAGAUGGUGACAUCAGACCAGGUGGCUUAUAGAAAGGUGGAACUGCAAGAGGAGACUCGGCAGCUAGAUUCAACAUACUUCAGAAAGCUACAUGCUUUGCAUAAAGAAGCAAUUUCCAAGAGGGCUGAGGACACCGCUCGGUCUGCAGUGGCCGCGCUGUCACUCUCGGACGUCUCUAAACAGACAGAGUAUUGGCUUAAUGUUCCUGAGGAGUACAAACACUUUACCUUUACUGACCUGCUUAACAACAAACUGGAAUUUGAACAUUUCCGUCAGUUUCUAGAAUCUCAUUCUUCAAGCCUUGACCUUAUGUGUUGGAUAGAUAUCGAACAGUUCCGAAGAAUCGUUUUUAAAGACCAAAAGCAAAGAGAGGAAAAGUCCAUAUACAUUAAAAACAAAUACCUUAAUAAAAAAUACUUCUUCGGACCCAGAAGUCCAGCUUCUUUGCGUCAACAGAAUCAGAUAAUGCUUCUCAGCGGAGGCUGGGGCAGGAUCCUCCACGAGCAGCUGGAUGCCUCUGUGCUGGUGGAAAUCCAGAAGCAUGUCUUGAAUAGGCUGGAAAAUGUGUGGCUGCCAUUGUUUCUCUCGAGUGAACAGUUCGCAUCACGCCAGAAGAUAAAGAUACAGAUGAAAGACAUAGCAGAAGAGCUUUUGUUGCAGAAGCAUGACAGGAAAAUUGGAGUUUGGAAGCCUGUGGAGAGUAAGUGGAUAUCUUCAUCCUGUGAGAUUAUUGCUUUCCGUAAAGCAUUAUUGAAUCCAGUCAUUGCAAGGCAAUUUCAACGGUUUGUGGCCCUGAAAGGAGAUUUAUUGGAAAAUGGAGUUCUUUUUUGGCAAGAAGUACAAAAGUUUAAGGAUUUGUGUCACUCACACUGCGAUGAAUCCGUUAUCCACAAGAAGAUCACAACCAUCAUCAACUGCUUCAUUGACUCCUGUAUCCCACCAGCGUUACAGAUUGACAUUCCAGCUGAGCAAGCCCAGAAGAUCAUUGAACACAGGAAGGAGCUGGGGCCGUAUGUGUUCCGAGAGGCACAGAUGACAAUUUUUGGGGUUCUGUUUAAGUUUUGGCCACAGUUUUGUGAAUUUAGGAAGAAUUUAACUGACGAGAAAAUCAUGAGUGUUUUAGAGAGAAGACAAGAGUAUAAGCAGAAAAGGAAAGCGUCAGACAUAGAAGAGGAGAAGGUUGGAAAGACUGGAGUCAAGCAGUAUGCAAGCACUACAGGCUCCCUUACAAAACCUACCUUAGGCAGCGAGUCCCUGCUAGUCCUGCAGUCCUAUGGCCGGCAGCCAACCUGGUGCUAUUCAAAGUACAUAGAAGCCUUGGAACAAGAACGAAUUCUUCUGAAAAUUCAAGAAGAAGUGGAAAGAAAAAUGUUCACAGGAUAGCAGCAUUCCAAUCUACCUGCAGGCCAUCCUCUUGCUGACAGGCGCUAGGAUUUCAUUAAGCUAAUGUUUACUAACACAAGAAGCUGUGCCCAGAGUGUUGAAUCGUCUUCGUUCCUUUAGAAUACUAUCUGGGAUAGGCUAGAAGAAUUAAAGACUAUUGCCUAUCACACUCUGUAAGGAAAAGCAUGUGUGAUCUUUAACAGAUAUCCCUUGCAGGCUCACCGUAUCUGCUUAGCAGAUCUUUCAUUAGAUGGCUAGUGGUGUGACUCUUCCUGGUAUAACUAACUGGAAACACAGAAGAGCCCUCUGCCUCCAUCCCCAGUGUGUUGGGACUACGGAGGCCCCCAAGGCAAGGGUUAGCAUUUCAGGUGCCUUAAGUGAGCUCCGUGCAAGCCUUCCAGACACCUCGGUGAUUUUAGUUCAGACUUGCACUGCAGACUGCUCUUGAUGCAGACUGUUAGAGCCCAAAGAAGUGGUGUGUAGAAAGGAGAAACCCUGGUGUAGGCUCCACAUAUGGCAAAGGAGAACCAGACCACAUGUAAGAGAAGACCUGAGAGGGGCCCUUGUGACCCACAUAAUUGAGGCGCUCCAAGGACCACAAGCCAGACAAGAAACUAUGUCCUACAGUCCCACACAGCCCCGAGAGGUCUUUUCAAAGGCCUGUUUUCCCAAAUUCUCCAGGUAGUUUGGAACUUUAAAUAGGGACCAUAUCAGCUGAUAUACUUCGAAGGUCCCCUCUCCUCUAAAGAGGUUUGUCACCGGUUUGCUUUUGGAAGUGUGAUGUCCAGGCUGUGCUCCACCCUCCUGCAUCUCUGGGAUUACCAGACAAGGUGUGGGACCGCCAUGCCUUGCUAGAUAGAACGUCCCUGUCACCGUGCGUCCCUGUCACCGUGCCGGCAGCGUGCCUCUCCAGUGGCUGUGGAGGUCACUGUUUCGCGAAGCCGGGAAGAGCUCAGCGCCUUAUGGGCCUCCAUCCUUCUCCGGCCUCUGCUUCAGCUGAGAUUUUAUUGAUUUGUUUGUUUUCCUGAUGUUCAAUUUUCUGUUCCCUCAACAUGUUAAUCAUAAUCUUCUAGAAAGUUGUUUUUCCCAGUUAUUAAUGCUCAUUACAGUUAAUAAGAGCCCACUUCCUGGUCACAGUAUUGGGGCUGCUUCCUGAGUAGUGCAAGCA